CAAUUUUGAGCAAUUGUGAAAAAAACAAUCGAUUUUUCAGACCUUGCGAUUCUGUUAAGUUUUCUGAAAAAGUACAAGUACCAUGUUUAUUUCAGCUUGAGUUGUUGUUGCUUAUGAUCAGUUAGAAAUCAAGAAAAGAACAUUGUUUUAGCAGAUUAUUUUAGCGUAUUCUGUUUUUUGUGAAAUGUAGGUGAAUAAGAACAUGUUUUGUUUGUGAUUUGUGCAUAGAUAACGUUAAUUUUGCUAUAGGAUUGACAUACAUCACAAGAUACCCAAUCUGACUCAAAAAAUCUGAUGUCUUUUAUUAUGCUAUUGGUUAUAUGUUGGUUUAUGCCCUGUUAAAAGUUACUAAGAAACUUCUGCUGCUUAGUCUGUUAUUGCGAGGACAAAGACAGUUUUACACGGUCGGCCAAAAAGGAUGUUUUCGGUGCAACAUGGAAACAUGGGCAGUAGUACUAUUAUGGGGGAUUCCGACGUUUAUGACUUCACAAAAGCUGAAAAUAUUGCCCGAUGGAAGGGGAUAUUCAUACCAUCUCUGAAAAAAGUUUUGGAACAAGUUCAUCCUCGGUUGACUGCCAAAGAAGAGGCGUUAAUGUAUGUAGAAACAUUGUGCUUGCGAAUAUUGGCAAUGUUAUGCGCUAAGCCUUUGCCCCAUACAGUCCAGGACAUUGAAGAGAAAGUCCGAAAAUAUUUUCCAUCGCCGAUAGAUUGUUGGGCAUUAAAUGAAGCGAAGGAGACGCUGGUUUCAAAGAAACGCAAAUCGGUCCUUCCAACGGAACGGGUCCACACAUUACUCCAAAAGGACGUUUUGCAGUAUAAAAUCGAUAAUUCGGUUUCAGUUUUUCUGGUCGCUGUAUUAGAAUAUAUUUCAGCAGAUAUAUUAAAACUCGCUGGGAAUUAUGUAAGAAAAAUAAAGCAUUGCGAAAUAUCCAAAGAAGAUAUUGAAGUGGCAAUGUGUGCCGACAAGGUUCUGAUGGAUAUGUUUUAUCAACCAGACAUAAAAAGUAAUGUAUUACCUAGUCCUUUACCAACGCUGCCGGCCCAGCGUACGAGUACUACCUACGAGGAAGUUGUCAAAGAUUUAAUCAACGAUGAAAAACAGUACCAGCGGGAUCUACAUAUGAUCAUACGCGUUUUCCGCGAGGAGCUUGUUAAGAUUGUUAAGAGCCCCAAAGAGAUUGAACAAAUAUUUUCAAACAUUAUGGAUAUAUAUGAAGUUACAGUCACAUUGUUAAGUUCAUUAGAGGAUGUUAUUGAAAUGUCCCAGGAACAAAGUGCUCCCUGUGUUGGUAGUUGUUUUGAGGAGUUAGCGGAAGCUGAGGAGUUUGAUGUGUAUACUAAGUACGCACAAGAAGUUACAUCUCAAUCGUCGAGAGACGCUCUUACUACAUUACUAGCAAGACCUGACGCAAUGUCCCUAAUGUCAGCGGGCCAUGGAUUUCGAGACGCCGUAAAAUAUUACUUACCAAAGUUGCUAUUGGUACCUAUAUGGCAUGCGUUUAUGUAUUUUGAUUAUAUAAAAAUUUUAAUGAAAUAUAGCCCCUCGCAAGAUGAUAUCGAAAGCUUUGAACAAGUUCAGGGCCUUUUGCGCCCACUAAGAAAUGAUCUUGAAAACAUUGUUGCCACUUUGCCAAAAGAAUCGUGCAUUGCUAUGAGCAGCAGAGCCCGAAGGCAACUUGCAAUUGAACGCACAAGAGAACUUCAAAACACCGUAGAACACUUUGACAAAGAUGUAGGACAAAACUGCAAUGAGUUCAUUCGAGAGGAUGUACUAGGAAAACUUGGUUCUGGGAAAAAAAUUGCGGAGCGUAAAGCAUAUCUGUUUGAUGGCUUGAUGCUACUUUGUAAGCCUAAUACGAAACGGCAGACUACAUCGGCGAGCUCUCAAGUCUACGAAUAUAGGUUAAAAGAAAAGUUUUAUAUGAGACGAGUCGAAAUAAAUGACCGUCCUGACAGCGAUGACCUUAAAUAUGCAUUUGAUGUUGCACCGAGAGUUCAACCACCAGUAACACUAGCUGCUAAAAAUUCAUUGCAUAAAAAUGAUUGGAUGGCCGAUCUAAUAAUGGUAAAUACGAAGUCAAUGCUUGAUAGGAUUCUGGAUAGUAUUUUAUUGGAUAUAGAAAAGAAACAUCCAUUACGUAUGCCUAGCAGUGACAUGUAUAGAUUCGCCGAACCUGAUAGCCCAGAUAAUAUUGUUUUAGAAGAGAGAGAAAGUGCAGGUGUGCCAUUAAUAAAGGGCGCAACAUUAUGCAAGCUCGUUGAACGUCUUACUUACCAUAUUUAUGCAGAUCCAAUGUUUGUACGCACAUUCCUUACUACAUACCGAUACUUCUGCACCCCGCAGAACUUGCUGUCUCUGUUAAUCGAACGUUUUAAUAUACCUGACCCCAGUUUGGUUUAUACGGACAAUAAUGAUAAAGAUUGUGAACCCGAUAAACUUCAUAAAAAUUCUCAAAGGGAGGAUUGGAAACGCUAUCGAAAGGAAUAUGUUCAGCCAGUACAAUUUAGAGUAUUAAAUGUACUACGGCACUGGGUGGAUCAUCACUUUUACGAUUUUGAGAAAGAUCCAUCGUUACUUGAAAACCUAUUGCAGUUCCUAGAAAAUGUAAAUGGCAAAUCAAUGCGAAAAUGGGUGGAUUCUGUUCUAAAAAUAGUUCAAAGAAAGAGCGAACAGGAAAAGUGUCAAAAACAAAUCACGUUUGCAUAUGGUCAUAGUCCUCCUCCUAUAGAACAUCACCUUACUGUUCCCGAAUCUGAAAUAACUCUCUUAACACUGCACCCAUUGGAGUUGGCCAGACAACUUACUUUACUAGAGUUUGAGCUCUAUAAAAAUGUGAAGCCAUCUGAAUUGGUUGGAUCGCCAUGGACAAAGAAGGACAAGGAAAUAAAAAGUCCAAAUUUGCUAAAAAUUAUGAAACAUACUACAAAUGUUACUCGAUGGAUAGAAAAAACAAUAAUUGAAGCUGAAAAUUACGAAGAACGGGUGGCUAUGGUAACCCGCGCAAUAGAAGUAAUGAUGGUAAUGUUGGAGCUAAAUAACUUCAAUGGAAUAUUGUCCAUUAGCGCUGCAAUGGGCAGUGCGUCCGUAUAUCGCUUAAAAUUGACAUUCCAAGGUCUGCCAGCACGAUAUGAGAAGUUUUUGGAGGAAUGUCGUGAAAUGAAUGACGGACAUUUGAAAAAGUACCAAGAACGUUUACGAUCUAUAAACCCACCCUGCGUUCCAUUUUUUGGUCGCUAUUUAACGAAUAUACUACAUUUAGAAGAAGGCAACCCGGACUUUUUACCCAAUACACAACUUAUUAAUUUUUCUAAGCGUCGAAAAGUUUCCGAAAUUAUAGGCGAAAUUCAGCAGUAUCAGAAUCAGCCCUACUGUUUAAUGGCCGAUGCUACAAUUAGGAGAUUCUUGGAAAAUCUGGAUCCAUUUAAGGGCAUGUCUGAUACAGAUAUAUCAAACUUUUUGUAUCACGAAAGUCUUCGAAUUGAACCCAGAGGAUGCAAACAACCGCCUAAAUUUCCUAGAAAAUGGAGUUCUAUAUCACUUAAAUCCCCAGGCAUUAAACCCCGUCGACAAAAUGUUAAUAGUAAUGUUAGUUCUACUAGCAUGGGUUCUAAUAACGCCCAACCAAAUUCAACCAGUUGUAUCCAACCGGUUACAGCUCGAUCUCCUGCGGUAGAAAUUCCCGGAGGGGAACAACCUUCACCGAAUGUUAGUUGGUCUAACGCGGCUGCAAAUGACAUACAAGCAUUCUCUGUUUUUGCCAACGUAAAUAUACCGGAUCGUAACGGCACCAAGUGGACAUCGACUUCAGUUAAUAGCAAUUCCUCUUCGUCGUUCUUAACACAACCUUUACCAAUACGGAAUGAUUCUCGACAGUUGCCGGAGACCGAAGAUGCUCCAAUCUUACCAAAAAAACCUAAUUCAGGUUCUUGUUUACAAACAUCUAUUUGUCCUACAUUAAGCGAUACAUCUUCGUCGGUUCGUUUGGAUUCCGUUUUUAGCAUCUCGGAGGAAUAUAGCGGGCAGCCGGUGUCACAGUCAAGCUGUAAUAGAAAUGCGAAAAACCAGAUUGGUAUUGAAAAUGAAACACCUUCCCCUUUACCGAAACUAGUUGUUAGUCCUUUACGAGAACAUCAUUAUACAAAUAACAGAUCACCAUUCCACUGCACAACGUCCACAAAUAAAACCUCUAAUUUCACUUCCUGUAAUUUCAGUUCUUCUGAAUGCGCAUUGAUUUCUACACCAAAUUCAACUAUUUAUAACUCGGAAAUGGAUUUCUAUAACACUAUUGUACCUGUUUCCCCCCACGUAAAUGUUCCAACGUCGGCUAGUAUUCAGUAUCGUACAGCUCCACCACCACUUCCACCUAGAAGGAAGGAGCGAACGGAAAGUUGUGCUGAUAUGGCGCAGAAACGACAAGCUCCAGAUGCUCCUAUGCUUCCACCAAGGGAUGGUGAUUUGAGCCCACCACCAAUUCCACCCAGGAUCAAUAAUCAACAAUACAUCUAUCACUCGAAUUUCCAAGGAUAUACAAAUAACGUAUCAAACACAAGUAGCCUGCUGUUGCCGAACACCAGCACCAUAAUGAUACGUAGAAAUUCAGCUAUCGAAAAACGUACAGCCAUGAAACCAACUGCAAAAUCUUCAGCAUCACCCUUAGUAUUAUCAAAUUCCACAACAGUCUCUAUUUCGUCGCCUAUAUCCACGUCAACUUCAAAUGUACCUAUUAUACUGCCCCAUCUAAGCCAUUUAUGUACGACAACUUCUUCAGAUGACCAAUCAAUAUCUCCGGCGUUGAGUUCAUCUACAACAUCUCCAAUGACACCAAUGACUCCAAUAUCACCACAUAUUCCUGCUGGAUAUCUGACUACUGAUAUAUCCCAUAAUCAAAUAUGUCUUCAGAACGUUUCAAGUUCCUCCACUUUCAUGUUUUCUAAGCCACCAUCUUUGCCCCAUCAGCGAAAUCAAAACCAACAAAUACAACACAAUAAUAUCUCAGUAGGUAGUCAACCAAGAUCAAUAUGUAAGGAGUUAUGUCCAAAUACAGAUAGCUUACCGAAACUACCACCGAAACCUAGUCUUGGUGGAAACGUUUGUAACAACUCAGAAAAGUGUACUAUGUUUCCCUACCCAAGUACAAAUCACGAAUAAUAAUCUGGUGAUAUGAUGUGGAUGCAAGAAAAAUUGGUAUAAAACUACUAAUUUGUUAUGUUAUUGUAAAUAAAAACAAAUUAUUAAACGUAGUAAAUGAUAAUAAAGUAAACUAUUAUUGUUAA